AUGCCGAUCCACUCGUCAACAUGGAAGGAGUACAGCAAGAUGGACGCCGAGUUGGAAGCCAGUAAGCUGCUACCCAAUCUACCACCGAGCAAGUCUUUCGAAGACUACUCAUCGGCUGUCGAAUUGCGUCAGUCUUUCAAUGAGCAAAUCGCUCAGCUGAUCGCAGCUGGUAUUGUGACUUUCCCAGACUGGACCGGGUACCACAAAUCCGAAAUACAGAUCCCCACGCGCGAUGGCGCAUCGAUGCGUUCGCUGGUGUACCAUCCAGAGGGCAAAGAGACAGGGCCAUUGUAUGUGUACUUCCACGGCGGAGGAUGGAGUUUUGGGAUGCCGGAGUAUGGCGAGGGCAUGGCGGAAGUAUUGGUAAAAGGGUUGGGCUUUACGGUCUGUGCCGAAUACGCAGCUUCGUUGGGCGCCGACCUAUCCAAAGGCUUCAUCGUAGGAGGGACGUCAGCUGGAGGCAAUCUGGCAGCUGUAGCAGCUCAUCAAGUUGUUGACGACAACUUGUCUCCGAAGGUGACUGGCGUUGUCCUCCUGUCUGCCCCGUUGUGUCAUCGCGAAGCCAUGCCAGAAGAGUACAAACCCCACAUAUCCAGCUGGGAAGACCACAAGGACGGCCUGGUACUGAGCCGACAAGCCAUUGAAUGGUUCUAUGGCAACUACAAACCAGAUCCUAUGUCACCGUUGAUGAGUCCGUUGAUCUGGAAGACCCAUAAAGGCCAACCCGCUACGUAUCUGCAGGUCAUGGGGACUGAUCCACUUCGUGAUGAAGCGCUCGUGUACGAAAGUCUCCUUCAGGACGCCGGCACACCGACCAAGAUGGAGGUUUACACUGGGUUGCCACAUGGCGCACCCGACUUCUUUCCCAUGCACAGCGCUGCGAAGAAGGCAUUGGUGGAUCUGAAGGAAGGUGUGAGUUGGAUCAUGCAGCAGAGCUCGGGUUGA